AUGUGCCGCACUGCCUCGUGCUUCAAACUCCCAACCGCCGCUCAAGCAGGAAAAUCGCCCAACAGCCUCGGGAUCAUCGGCCGACCACAGGAACGGCAGUUCAAGCGACAGCGGCGGGCUGGCUCCGACGCGACCCGCGCGGAAUUUGCGAUGCAGCAGAUGCUCACCAGCCGCGAAAAACGCUCGAUAGAGCGGGGUUGGAGAAGGAGAGACAGAAAGCUUCGAAAGGCCUUCGAUCAACGUGGAGCCUACCUCGGCGGCCGGAUCAAAGACUUGACGGCAAACGUUGCAGCCAACGAGCAACACAUCAAGCGUCUCCAGGACGCCCUCCGGACUGGCCACCUCCCCAGCCUUCUCCUCCCCCUCCCCCUCCCUUCCGUGGAGGACGGUGAGAACGCGGGCGAUAGGACGUGGGCCGAGGACACGGGAAAACCGCCGAAGGAAAAAGUAGCCGAGAAGCAGACAAACCGGUUGUGGCAGCAAGCGUACUCAUCGUUGGAGGUGCUGAAAGAGGAGCGGGAGCGCGACGUCAAGCAGCUGGAGCUCACGCGGAAGGNAGACAAGAAGAACGCGAAGGGGAAGGUCAAGAAAGGGUACGAGGGGAAAGCGAAAGGGGUUAGGCAGUACCUGUGGGAGCGUGGGUGGUGGAAGGACGGCAUGUCAACAGGGGCGGGAGUCAGUGACGAUAUGCACGUGGAUAAGGUUCUGCAAGCCUUGCCUGACUUUAAGACUGAGAGGAAAGCCCUGCAGCACCUGGUAGAGAGUAGGGGACACAUUCUUUUGUCGUCUCCGAAGUCUCACCCGGAGGUAGCGGGGGUAGGGAUCGAGUACUCGUGGGGGUUUUCCAAGCAGAAGUUUCGGCAGAAGAACAAUGAUGAGGUCCCGAAGCACUUGCACGACAACAUCGAAAAGUCGCUGUGCAUAGACAAGUACUUGACAAUCGGUCGGGUGCGUCGCUUUGCCCGGCGAACACGAGACUACUGCCGGGCUUACCGCGAGAUUGCGCUUCGCGGGGUAGUCAUCAGGAGCAAAGGAGUUCAUGGAGAAGAUGCGCAAGAUCCAAAAGGCCCACCGCAACAUUUUGGACAUGGAAACUAGUUUUCUUGGCGACCAGUAACAACGUCGGCU